AUGGUUCAAGAAAGAGCAACAGUUUACUCAGAGAGUUUCGUCACAGAAAAUACCCCAGAGAAUUUCUAUGUAAAUCGACCAGAAUUAUCAAAAGAAAAUUACCGAAAUCUCCUUGAUGAAAAUUUACGCCUGAAAAGUUCUGAGAAACACCAAAGAAAGCGGUCGAAUAGAAUCAUUUGUGUCCUCUCCACUUUCAUCGUUAUAACGACUUCGAUUCUUCUGACGAUCUUCAUUCUCAAAUCGGACGAAAUCUUCCAAAGCUGUGAUAGUAGCAAUCAAUUCAUUUCUGACAGCAUGAGAGAAAUGAAGCAGCUUCACCAAAGAACGCAUGAACUGUCCAGUGAUUUGAUGGAUCUGAUUUAUGCUCAUGAAAUCAACAGUGGAAUUUGGAAUAAAGAGAUAUUGAAUCAAGAAAUGGCUUCUUUCUCAAGAUAA